AUGCACGUCCUUGGCGACCACAUUGUUGCAAUUGACGGUGGUUUGAAUUCUGCGAACGAAGUCUCUUGCCGGGUUUGGGAAGACAACGGCACUAUGCAGGUCGACACUCCCUUCUCGCGUUUUCUUGGCAAGCCGCCGAUUAUGGUCGUUGGAAUGACUCUUUCCACUGUGCCAGCCGGUUUCUGCAGUGCCGUCCUUGACGCUGACCUCCUCCCCGUCUCGACAAAGUUCUCAAGAAAUGGGGCCAAGAGAACUGGGCCAGCGCUGAGAAACACCAAAAGCUCGCUUGCAUUAUCCUGUUUGAGCUUUUUGUAUCAAUUUGCGUCCUCCGUCUGUGGGAUUCAGACUCAAGAUCGCCAAUUCGAGGACGAGGCUAGGGCAGCUGCUGAGUCUGAAACUCCCGAAGCCGCUGCUGUUACUUCAGUUGCUGCUACUGCUGGUGCGCCUCGGGCGGUCGCUCUUGCGGCUCCUUCUGGGCCAGUCGCAACUAUCGACAAUUUCCCUGUCAAAGUCAUUCAUGUUUUUACUGCAAUCGUCGCGCAAAAAGUUGAAGAAGAAAAUCGACGAGAUCUCUCUCCCAAGUCCAUCAAGGACCUCGUCGGUUCCAAGUCCACUCUUCAGAAUGAGAUUUUCAGUGAUCUCCAACUCAAGUUUACCUCCGCUCCCGAGAAGGGCGAGGAACCUCUGCUUGAAGAUUUGGCAAGCGCUUUCUUAUGGCCACAGUGGUACGUUGAAGGUCUGCUUUUCGCCACCCAGUUCACUCAAAUUGCGUUCGCAGCUCAGCACAUCGAGCUGUAUAUGCGCUACCUCAACCGGAACUCCCGGGCCGGCGAAACUGCUCUCGUCAACGAGAAGGCCAACGGUCUUGCGCUACAGACCAAGCCCGACAACGUCGCCAAGGAGCACGGAGACGUCUAUAUCGAGGGUAUUCAACUCAUGUUUGACCCCAUCAAGGUUCGCCGAUUCGACUUGAAUUGGGCUCGUCAAGAUGCCCUUCUCAUGUUCUAUGACAUUAUCUUCGGUCGUUUGACGACUGUCGACUGUGAUAUUACUGCUCGUUGCAUCGCGUUGAUGAACCGUGCCGAUGCUGAAGUUUUGGCCUAUAUGCAGUACAACAUCGGCCAAAUGGACCCAACAAAGGGCGAGACGUACGCAUUGGCCAAGAAACCCGGUCAGCAACUGAUUGACAAUGUCCGGGAGGUCAUCGGAGAAGACCCGUUUUACAUGUACGAUUGCCUUGACCAAGCGCCACUGCUCGAGCCCCGUCGACUUGCCGUGUAUCUAUCCAAGAAGAAAGACUCGCGAUGGGACCCGUUUAUCGCUCUGUCCAAGAACGGCAGACUCUUCAAGAAUGCAAUGACCACAGCAGCGGUCUUUGGAUCGACCAAGAUUGCCGAGCAACCAAUGUCGACAUUGCAAUGCUUCACGCAGCCUGAAAAAGAAGUGAACGGUCGAAGAAGGAAGUGCAGAAGGAGCAAGAGGAUUAUGACCACAAAGCGGCUAAUUGGUGGGCUUGUUACUCUUCCCAGACGAAUGGGAUAA